CAAACAGAGGUGCCACGGACCAGCAGCGGACUUGCGUCGGGGAUUGGUUCCUUCUUCAGGCCGGAUCUCCUACAGGAUUCGUCGGACGACGAGGUGGAAGUGCAGCAGCCCGCUGUUUCUACAUCCCUGUCUGCACAAAUGCAAUUGGUGGCAGACGUACAGGAAGGGCAGGAUCCCUCAAAUGUUCAGAGGGUACACACCCUGGCAGCAGAGAUGACUGCCCGCCAGGAUACCUACACGAAUGUCGUUGAAACCAGACUGGACGCCAUUGAGAAGAUAAUGGAGAAGAUGGCAAACGGUCUGAUUGAAAUGCAAAAGGCUCAUGCCGACAGCACGGCAGAAACGCAAAAGACCAGACGAGAAGAUCACAGGGAGACUAUGGACAUCCUUCACGUUCUGGCCACAUCCAUCAACCGGCUGGUGGAUAACACAUCAUGCCUGGCACACAGCGUUGACAACAUGUCGGAGAGCCAACGACAUUCGGCAUCCAGCCAACAGAUCAUCGCAACCACACUGCACAUGAUGUACGAUAAGCUCCCAGAGCCAGCUCAUCAACACGCUGGUGAACCACCACAUCCGCCAUCACAAGCCACACGGACGCCUCCUUCCCUUCUUCCACCACCAUCCUGGUAUAGAUGGUCACAGCUGUACCAAGGAUAUACAGGGAUGUACCCCACCCACCAGAUGCCUCCACCACCAACACCGGCCGCAUCAUCUACACCCGCACGGCCACCGAGGCCAAGUCAACGCACUCCCCAGCCGCCCAGGGCAUCGACGCCCCAUCAGGAGGAAGAAGAGGAUCCGGACGGACAACCACCAUAAGCCCGGUCGUAUUGUUUUAUUAUUUACUCUUAUGUUUCAUGUUUCCCUUUCUCGCCCUCCCAUUAGUUUUUUUUUUUUUUCUUAAUAAUGUUGUAUGUUUGUGUUGGGCUCCCCCUCUCUCGACCGGAUACUACCAAGGACCUUUAUGUCUAGGCAUACAUGCGCGGGCAUGUAUGCGGGCGCGUGUGGUAACUGAUGAAAGCUCCUUGUGGUUACAUGUAUGAUGGGCCAAAGAGCUAUUCUGAUACCACUUUUUUUUUAAAAAACAAACUCCUUUUUGUAUUGGUGUAAAAUAGGCUUUCACUUUUGUGUGAAUUUACUAUUCACUAGUGUUUAUUUUUGGCUUCUUCAUAGGAUUGGGUGGAAAAUUGAAGUGGAUGGCGUAGUUCGUGUUGUGCGUACCAAGGUGAGUAAAGCCAUGUUUCAAUGUAUAUAUUCAAGAAACUUUGGACCGCCUGCCCUUGUGGAACAACACAGUCCAGCAAUGGGUCAUGCUGGGCUGUGUGGUUCCACAAGUGCAGGCGUGUCAAAGUGCUGACCACUGACACCACUCUUCCACUUUGGACCGCCUGCCCUUGUGGAACAACACAGUCCAGCAAUGGGUCAUGCUGGGCUGUGUGGUUCCACAAGUGCAGGCGUGUCAAAGUGCUGACCACUGACACCACUCUGCCACUUUGGAACGCCUGCCCUUGUGGAACAACACAGUCCAGCAAUGGGUCAUGCUGGGCUGUGUGGUUCCACAAGUGCAGGCGUGUCAAAGUGCUGACCACUGACACCACUCUUCCACUUUGGACCGCCUGCCCUUGUGGAACAACACAGUCCAGCAAUGGGUCAUGCUGGGCUGUGUGGUUCCACAAGUGCAGGCGUGUCAAAGUGCUGACCACUGACACCACUCUUCCACUUUGGACCGCCUGCCCUUGUGGAACAACACAGUCCAGCAAUGGGUCAUGCUGGGCUGUGUGGUUCCACAAGUGCAGGCGUGUCAAAGUGCUGACCACUGACACCACUCUUCCACUUUGGACCGCCUGCCCUUGUGGAACAACACAGUCCAGCAAUGGGUCAUGCUGGAUUGUGUGGUUCCACAAAUGUUCUUGGGAAAGGAAUGAACAUGACAUCAUUAGUGUCUUUACUUAAUAUGGAAUUUUUUUCCCCACAGAUAUCUACACAAGAAAAGAAUGUAAAGA